AUGAAGGAUAUAAAAGUGUUGCUCAAAAAAUUGCAUAUUAAUAAAGAAAAAGAGUUUGAAAAGGAUGUUAGACUUUUAUUUGAUAUGAAGAAAUAUAUAGAAUGUUUAACAAAAAGAAGUAGUAAUAAUAAUAAUAAUGAUAAUAAUAAUGAUAAGACUAAUUGCUGUAUUAUAAAUAACAAUAGUAAUAGAUUAAAUUCUGAGGAUAUGUUUAAAGAUUCCAUAAAGAUAAAGGAAGACAAUUUGUUGAAGAUCAAACAUUCGUAUAAUAAUCCUAUUGAAUAUAUAGAAAGAUUAUAUAAAGAACUUAAAGGUAGAACUCCUUUUGAAUAUGGUUAUUAUAAAAAUGUACUAAAUAAUUAUAAUAAAUAUGAUUAUUAUAAUUAUAUAAUGAACAAUAAUCAUAAUUUAUUGCAAGAAAAUAUAUCAAAUGAAUUAUAUCAUAAUAAUAAUAAUAAUAAUAAUAAUAAUAAUAAUUCAUGUGAUAAGAAUUAUCUUAAUAAUAUAAAAGAAAAAUGUGAAAACUUAAUGAUAUUUUUUCAUAUGUAUUUAAUAAGAAAAUAUUGUGAAAAGAAUUAUUAUGAAUGCUUACAUAAUAAAUUUAUACGCUCAAUAACUUAUAAUUAUUUAGAUAAAGAAAUUUUUUAUAAUUAUAUUAAUUCAGAUUUAUAUUUCUUAUUAUAUAGUUAUAUACAAACAUUUGCAUACAUAAUAUUAAAAAAUGAAAAACAAAAUAUAUAUUUGAUGAAAUUAUGUAGUGAUCUAAUAUCAAGAACACAUGAAGAAUUGAGUACACUAAGAAAAGAAGGAACAAAUAAAAUGAAUACAUAUUUAUAUGAUAAAAAUUUUUUUUCUCCAUAUAAUAAUAGUUUAAUUAAAUAUGUACAUUUUAUUGUCGAAUAUUUAAGUAAAAAUAAAAAUUAUAAUUAUAUGAAUAUAUUGUAUGGUAUAUAUUCAUGUGUCUACGUUUUUUCAAAUGUAUUUUAUAGUUGCUCAUUAUCAUAUAAUAGCAAGAAAGUAGAGCAGUAUAUCUUAACAGAAAAUAUCGGGAAAAAAUAUAAAAAUAUACAAUGUGAUCAUGUGAGUAGUUCUAAUCAAAAGGAAGAUUAUACAAAUGGAAUGACUACACAAGAUGUGGAUAAUAUCUCCGAUCGUAAAUUUAAUGACCUUUUACCUGAUAAUAAUAAUAAUAAUAAUAAUGAUAAUGAUAAUAAUGAUAAUGAUAAUAAUGAUAAUGAUAAUGAUAAUAAUGAUAAUGAUAAUAAUAAUAAUGAUAAUAAUAAUAAUGAUAAUAAUAAUAAUGAUAAUAAUAAUAAUGAUAAUAAUAAUAAUGAUAAUAAUAAUAAUGAUAAUAAUAAUAAUGAUAAUAAUAAUAAUGAUAAUAAUAAUCAUAAUAAUGAUGAGAAAGGGGAAAAGGAUAUGCUUAGAUUAUAUUACAAAUAUAUAAACAAAUAUGCAAAUACAGAAUUUAUGAAACUCAAUGAAUUUCUAUUAUACUAUAUAUCAAAAGAAACUGUUAUAGCACUUCUUAGGGAUAAUAUAAAUUACAACGAUGUGAUAAAAGAUUUGAAUAUUAUUAAGUAUUCUACCUAUUUAGAGAAAUACAUUUUUUUAGAAAUAUGUACAAAUAAUAUGAAUAAAGAACAAUAUAGUGAUAUAAUAUUUAGAGAUAUAAAAAUGGAUAUAUUUAAAAGUAUAUGUAAUAUUUCUGAAAAGUCACCUUUAUACAUAGAAUUAAAGGAUGAAGAUAAAAAGGAAUGUUUUGAAAUAAUAAAAAGAAAAUGGUUAAAUGAAAAUAAUAUAAAAUGUACAUAUGAAAAUGGUUUUAAUAAAAAUAUGGAAACACAAGAUCAUAUGAAUAAAUCACAGAAAAAAGGAAUUGUAUGUCCCUUUCUUCAUGGUAUGAAUAAUGAAAAGAAAGAUAAUACCAAUGAUAAUAUAAAAACUAAUAUAAAUUGUAAUAAUUACCAGAACUAUCAUAAUUAUUACUAUGAACAUAUUUAUAACUCUUAUAAUAUUAUUUGCCCAAGAAAAAAUAAAAAUUCCUUUAUCCAUCCACAAUAUGAACACCUUUUUUUUGAAAAGACAAAAUAUAACAUAGAUGAUACAUUUUUUAAACAAUCUUUAAAAAAUACAAAUACAUUAGAAGGAUAUGAAAAGAAGAAUAUAUCAUGUGAUAAUUAUAAAAGCAAAUUUAGUGGUUGUCCUGCACAUUUUCAUAAUAUUAAUUAUAAUUUGUGUGAUGAGGAAAAAGAAAAAAAAAAAAAAAUUUUAAACCUUUUGAACAAUAAUGAUAAUAUAAUAAAUGAUCAUAUAAAUAAUUUAAAAUGUAUAGAUGAAUUUUUUCAUAUAUCCAUAGAUUUCGAUAAAACUAUUAUUAAAAAAGAUUCCUAUUCCUUUUUUUAUAAAUUAUUAUGUAAACAUUAUAAUAUCAAGAAACCUAAAGAUAUUGAAUUAACACAAGAAGAAACAGAUUUCUUUGAAAAUAUUAAUAUCGAAAAUAUACAUAAAGAAAAUAAAACAAACUAUACAUAUGAAGAACGAAUAAAUUAUAUUUAUAAAAUAUCCAAGUGGUAUAUUAUAAAAGAAAAUAAAUUAUUAAAAGAAUUACAAGAAAAAGAAGAUAUAUCUGAUGUAUAUAGUGAUUCUUAUUAUUAUUAUUUAAAAAAAUUCGAUCAAAUCAAUAUUACACAUUCAGUACUGAUUUCUUAUUAUGAUAUAUUAAAAGAUGUAGAUAUUAAUGCAAUCAAUUGUUUAAUAUAUGAUCAUUAUGAUAACUUUCAGCUGAAUGAUUAUUUCUUGGAUGUAUUCCUUAGAUUUAUACAAUAUAAGCAACAUAAUAAUAAUACCUUUUUUUUUGAUAUAAUUACGUUAAAUUUUAAAAAGCAAAUCGUUCUAUAUACUCUUCAAAAUAAUAUAAUGAAACUAGAAAAUGAGCACCCAUUUAAUGUAACCACAAGUGAGGCUACUUAUAAUAAUGAUAAUAAUAAUAAUAAUGAUAAUAAUAAUGAUAAUUAUUGUAAAGAUAAUCAUAGUGAUCAUAAUAAUAAUAAUAAUGAUAAUUAUUGUAAAGACAAUCAUAGUGAUCAUAAUAAUAAUAAUAAUGAUAAUUAUUGUAAAGAUAAUGGUAGAGAUAGUCAUAAUGAUCAGGUUAAACAUAAAUAUUAUCAAACCUUUAAAAAAUAUUUCAAUGUCUAUUAUUCAAAAAUGUAUUCAUAUGAUAAAGAGAAGAACGUAUAUACAGGAGAAUUUGAAUAUGAUAAGCUUAAAAUAAAACAUAAAAACUAUAAUGGUUCAUCUAAUAAAGUAGAUUAUGUAACCAUAUUAUCACUUUUUGAUAAAACAGUAGUUAGGAAAAAGGUCUCUACUAUAAUAAAAAAUACAAAUCAUAAAUUGUCAUGUUUUAUAGGGGAUAGCAUAAUAGAUUUAGAUGCCAUGUUAAGUACCGAUAUUCCUAUACUCUUAGGAUGUAAUCAAUUAGUCUUAACAUUUUGUAAAAAACAUAAUAUAGUAAUAAAACCAUUAAUAUUUGCAGCAGCCAAAAUCGAACUCCUCAAAAUGAAAAAAAAUAAAACAGAAAGUAAAUCCAAUACGAAAGGUGAAAGAACUGUACAUAUACAUAAGAAUGAACAGCAUGAAUCCAAUUCCAUUAUUGAUCAACGUGAAAAAGAAUUAAGUGAAAUUUACGAUGAAAAUAAAAAAGUUAUUUAUGCAACAGAGAGUUGGCUAGAAAUAGGUACCUUCUUUUUUGGAAAGAUGUAA